CCUCUUUUUACAUGUUCCUUUAAAUCUGGGGAUGACAUCUUAAACASUUAGUCUCAGACAGAGCAGAGACAGAGACAGACCCAGAAACAGACAGAGGGGCAACGAUAGGACCAGAACCUGAGUAUGGACAGAAAACACAGUAAGUUGUUGGAGAUGUCUGAACCCAUCUAUGCUGAGCCCGAUAUGACCAAGAAGGUUAAGUUUAACAGAGAUGAGAUGAAGGAGAGGAUUGUGGAUAUCUACAUCAGUGCAGACACCCUGAGAGACGGUGAGACCAGCACCAAGAGAGAAGAGACAGAGGACACUGCUCCUAAUAAUGGACCAGGAGACCAGCACUCAGUACAUUGUCAGUGGUGGAAGAGACCCUCUGGAGUUGCUGCAGUGUGUCUGGGGCUGCUGUGUGUUCUCCUACUGGCUGGGAUCAUAGGCCUGUCUGUACAAUACAGCAACGUCUCAAAGAACUCAUCUGCAGAGAGAGACCAGCUACAGACCAGUUACAACACCCUGACUAAAGAGAGAGACCAGCUACAGACCAGUUACAACACCCUGACUAAAGAGAGAGCCCAGCUACAGACCAGUAACAACAACCUGACUAAAGAGAGAGACCAGCUAAAGACUGAGAGAGAUUUUCUUAGCGGGAGGCUUACCAAUUGCAAUUGGCAGAAGUUUGAAUCAAGUUGGUACUUCCUCUCUGAGAAGACUGAGAAGAAAACCUGGGAGAAGAGCAGACAGGACUGUCUGGAGAGAGGAGCAGACCUGGUGAUCAUAAACAGCAAUAUGGAACAGGUGACGUUCUUUCUGUCACGCUAUGAGAAGAUCAUUCUCACAUGGCCUGUAGAGGAUCUCUUCGGAAUAGACUUUCGUGUAUCUCUACACAGUCCUCCUGCCGCAGUUAGGGCCUGCAUUACCAGGCUGUUUGUCAUAGUCUUAGUACCUACAGGGGUUAAACACAACGUCAUGAUAUCCAUGGUUUAA